AUGCUUGAACGGUCGAGACUUGUCCGUCUUGCUACAGUUUUUUGUGGCAUUUCCUUACGACUGGAUGGUACCACGGCCCACGGAUUGUCUGAAUUGCAGUCCAAUGCGGAUGCUGAUCCAGAUUCAAUCGUUGAGAGACCCAGACGGUCUCCUCAAUCUGUUCGCCGCUCUGGAUCAUCGGGAGUGCCAAUCCGAUCUGUUCGGCGUCGUUCAUCUGCCUCUCUAGGGCCUGCAUCAGGGCCAGUCACUGUUGCAGCUCCGCGCCGCUCUUCUUGGAGAUUUCCGAAACUGUUACAGCGCAUCGUCAAUAGGAAGCACUCGCCGGUUUCUUCAAAAGAAUCUUUGUCUGAAGUCGCUGCAUCACCCGAUGUCGAGUCAAGUGUUAAGGAAGAAGAGUGUUCAAUUUGUCUCUCCCCGAUGACGCCGAAGACAACAAAGACGCUCAAAUGUAAGCACGCCUACCAUAAAGAGUGCUUCAAGAAGUGGGACAAAGUAGGCGGGAACUGUCCACAAUGCCGCGUCAUGACGAAGAGAGGACGCCAGAAUGACGUUAUGGCUGUUAUUGGACGGUAUCAGGGAAUUGUCCAUAUGUUCUGA